AUGUAUACUCUACCAAGCCUUCCCUGCGCUUUCCCAAACUGCUCUAUUCCGGAAUUCAUAGACUUGCCAGCCGUGUCCGCCCAUUUCACUAGAGUGCUGUCAUCCCCCAGCAAGGAUGAUUUCACGCCAGACGCGAUAUGGAGAGACAGCUUCGCCAUGACCGGCACACUCCGCACCUUCUACUCCUCAGACUCCGUUCUAGAAGCGUGGGCGAACACUUCGAAGACACACCAUCCUUCGAACUUUUGCUCUUUUGGCGAACCACAGAUUAUUCGCGCUCCGGCUGGCGCGGCGUGGGUCAAUUUCGGGUUCAACUUUCUGACGAAUGGGACACCGAAGACGACUUGUAGUGGAUUCUUGUCGGUUGUUCCGAUGGAAGAUGGAGAGUGGAAGAUCUGGAUGAUGAGGACGAUUCUUGAGCAGUUGGUGGGACAGCCGAGUGUUGAUGUUUAUUCGCCAGUCAAUCCAAUUUUGGAGAGCCCAGAAAGUUUCAAUGGUAUCAAGAGGGACUUCGAAUGUGUUAUCAUUGGUGGAGGACAGGCAGGUCUUGCUGUUGGAGGACGCUUGGCGGCUCUUGGAGUGACUUAUGUGAUCUUGGAGAAAUUCGACGAAGUCGGGGAUAACUGGAAGACGCGAUACGAUUCAACGAAAUCAGAUUCUUACGUUCACGAAGCUCAUUUGCCGUUUGAACGCACAUUUCCAAAAGAUUCCUAUCCGGAGUUCCUUACCAAAGAUAUGUUAUCUGUUGGGUACAAGAAAUGGGCGCAGACAUAUGGCAUUAAUAUCUGGUGCUCCACGAAAUUUCUGUCUGGGUCGUGGGACGCGGGACGAGAAACGUGGUCACUGAAUAUACUACGGCAUGGCCAAGACUCAACAAUUUAUUGCUCUAACGUGGUUUUUGCAACGGGUGCAGGCUCUGAUGUGCCCGUAUCACCGACUUAUGAGAACCAGGCGGCGUUCAAGGGCAUAACUCUCCACUCCGGGGCUUACAAAUCGGCGUCUGAAUGGAAGGGUAAACGUGGCGUUGUUGUUGGAUCAGCGAAUACUGCUCAUGAUGUGGCGGAUGAUAUGCUGGCGGCGGGCAUGGCAUCAGUGACGAUGGUUCAGCGAUCACCAACCUACGUAAUUCCCGCCGAACAUUACAAAGAAACCCAUGACAAAGUCUACAACACCCACGUCCCUACCGACAUAGCAGACCGAAUCUACUUCUCUAGCCCGGCAGCCCUAGGUAGAAUCAUGAGCAGAGCAAUCUUGCACUCCAAAGCCGCGCAAGAACCCGAACGCUUCGAUGCACUUGAGAAAGCGGGAUUCCUCUUCGACCGCGACGGCGAUAUCAUCUAUCAGAUAUUUGAGCGUUUUGGGGGGCAUUAUAUGGAUGUUGGGACUUCGGCGAGGAUAGCUUCUGGGCAGAUCCAGAUGAAAUCCGAUUCCCUCCCUAUCUCAUGGGUGGAAGAUGGCCUAGUCUGUAGCAACGGCUCCCACAUCCGCGCGGACGUCGUCGUCUUCGCAACGGGAUUCAUCGGCAACCUGCGUCUUCUUGUUGCUGAGCUCUUCGGGCACGGGGUCGCCGGUCAGCUUGAGGAUUUGUGGGGUUUGGAUGAGGAGGGGGAGUUGAAGGGUGCUUUUAAACCGUGUGGACAUCCAGCAUUCUGGUAUCAUGCGGGUGCGGUUGGGCAGGCGAGGUAUUUUUCGAGGUUUAUUGCGCUGCAGAUUAAGGCGAAGACGCUGGGGACGCCACUGACUGUAUAUGAUGGGACGAGACGUGCGGAGAAAGUCAGUAUGUAGAUUGAAGUCAUAGCAGAUGCUUUGAAUGAGACCCG